GAGGGCAGUGCCUGCGCUCCCCCAUCCCCUGCAUGGGCAGGGCCUCGAGGGGUAUAAAUAGGUCAGAUUGCUGGGCUCUCCCCAAAUCUCUCUCUUCAGCACUUCCUUACUUUGGCCUGGUCCUGACUGUCACCAUGGCGUGUCCCCUGGAGAAGGCCCUAGAUGUGAUGGUGUCCACCUUCCACAAAUACUCAGGCAAAGAGGGUGAUAAGUUCAAGCUUAACAAGUCAGAGCUGAAGGAGCUGCUGACUAAGGAGCUGCCCAGCUUCUUAGGGAAAAGGACAGAUGAUGCUGCGUUCCAGAAGCUGAUGAGCAACCUGGACAGCAACAGGGACAACGAGGUAGACUUCCAGGAGUACUGUGUCUUCCUGUCCUGCAUCGCCAUGAUGUGUAAUGAAUUCUUCGAGGGUUGCCCGGAUAAGCAGCCCCGGAAGAAGUGAAGGCUCCUCAGAUGGCGUGUGACAUCUGCCAGUGGGGCGGGGUCUUCCCUGUUGGCCAUGAGCAUAGUGCCUUACAUUGGCUCUUUCAGACACAUGCACAAUGCUGACCAAGUUUAAUAAAAAAAAUGAAAUUAUGAA